AUGGCUACGACCUCCAGCGUUACCGCGUUCCUUGUCUACCUGGUCUUCGUCGCAACGCUAGGCCCUCUGCAAUUUGGCUAUCAUCUGGCUGAAUUAAAUGCCCCUCAAGCCGUCAUCACCUGCGAGAAAAAGAGCAUCACUUUGACGUCGACCUCUAACCGGUUACCACAAUGUCUUCCAAUGAAUCCGUCGCAGUUUGGACUCGUGUCAUCUAUCUACACAGUUGGGGGUUUCGUGGGAGCUGUUGUCUCCGGCCCGAUUGCCACCAGAUCAGGUCGGCUGUUGGCAUUGAGAGCGACGACGGCUUUUUUUGUGUUAGGCUCCGUUGCUGAGGCAUUGUCCCCAAACAUUGCGAUUCUAAGCGCGGGGAGGUUCCUCAGCGGCAUUGGUGCCGGGGCUUCAAUCGUGGUCGGGCCUAUUUUUGUAUCCGAAAUCGCACCGGCUGCGUCACGAGGCUUCUUCGGUGCCUUCACUCAAAUCAUGACUAAUGUAGGGAUUCUUUUGACCCAGUCUCUUGGGUAUUUCUUCAGCAGGGAUAGUCUAUGGAGAAAUAUUCUCGCUGUAGGUGCUAUCCUGGGUAUAGUCGAGUUUCUCGGUCUUCUUUUUGUGCCAGAAACGCCUGCCUGGUUGGCUGAGCAUCGGCACUUGAGUCAAGCUCGACAAGUGCUUCAACGUAUUCGCGGCAAAGACGCCGAGAUUGAAGAAGAAAUUCGAUCAUGGAAAGCUGGUUCAUUGGAGAGCCAUGGUGCUGAAGAGGAGGAGUCUUUGUUGUCACCGCAUUCAAAUCAAUCACAGUCCCAGAAACCACGAGUCACGAUACUGACAGUGGCCACAGACCCGGAAUACCGUCCCGCUCUUACUGCAGUUGUCAUUGUCAUGCUUGCACAACAGUUCACCGGCGUCAACAGCAUCAUCAUGUACAGUGUCUCGUUGCUUCAGGGCACGUUGCCGACGGCAGCUCCGCUAUUGGCUGUGAUUAUCUCUGCCCUCAAUCUUGUGGUCACCCUGGCUUGCUCUCCUCUGCCAGAUAAAAUCGGUCGCAAGACGUGUCUAUUACUUAGUAUCAGUGGCAUGGGCGCAGCAUCUGUGCUGCUUGCUAUUGGAAUCUCUGUCAACCAGAAGAUCAUAUCUGCAUUGGCAAGUUUACUUUUUGUCGCUAGCUUCGCGGUGGGACUAGGGCCCGUGCCGUUCAUUCUCGCUUCGGAGCUCGUAGGCUCUGAAGCCGUCGGCGCCAUUCAAAGCUGGGCGUUGUCUACAAACUGGAUUGCGACAUUUAUCGUCGCUCAGUUCUUCCCCAUGCUUAACGGGGCCCUCGGAGGAAAGGGCCAAGUCUACUGGCUAUUUGCCGGCCUAGCAGCUCUUUUCGGGAUUUUCAUCUAUCUACGGGUCCCCGAAACCAAAGGCAGAUCCACCCCGGAUGAAGUCUGGGGCCGGGUCGACGAACGGCGAAUGGAUUAG